AUGAAACAAGCUCACUGGCUCGAUCAAUAUGCCUCGAGCUAUCAUGAAUGGCACCAGGCACGCAAUCAUGGCAAACUUUGCUUUUACCGUCCUUUGGGCAUCGUAGAGACAGCUUUCGACUCUGACGGAGUGUACUACCAAGGCCGCGCCGAUGUCAACGCCUUGCUCGAACUUCAGGCCAAUCAUCGCCUGUCACAGGAGCAGCUCCGCAAGAGAAUCACUCUGGCAUGGACUGUCCUCCGCUUGUCCCAUGUUCUGCUGCUCGCUCGUGCCGUGGAUCGAGAAUCCUUCAUGACUGCCGGAAAUGCUUCCCAGACACGCUUCUUCAUGAUCUGCCCUCCUGAGGGCUCUCACCAUGCCAUCGCAGACGCCACCAAAGCUUUGUCCUUUGUUGAGCCGCAUAUGGAUGACCAUGGACUUGCCACAUUCUACCGACAUGCCCAGAACACAGGCCGCGUCGUAAACGCCAACGAGUUUCUUGCCAAGCUGUUUGUACUUCCGAUAGAUGAUACUGCAGGUUCGAAGACAAGUUUGAAGUUUUUGUUCGUCGAGGGCCAUCAAAUCACGGAUGGAUUGACGAACUUUACCUGGCUGAGCCACUUCGUCAAGCUCUUGAACACACCUUCGGCGGUUCUCGAAGACGCCGUCAAUGAUCUUUCACAUCGAACAUCAAUACAAACUCGACUUCCACUACCCCAAGAAGAUCUAUAUCCCCGUAUAUCUGGCUCGAUAGCGAAGAGGCGCUGGUUCUGGCUUCUGACGCUCGUACUCCGACACGUAAAAAAGCCGAUGCCAGCAGCCUUUCCCAACCCACUGCGCCGUGUCACUCCUUUGGAAGAAGCCAUGGCAAUGCCUCCGACCUAUGAUUCAUAUCUCGACUACAACAUUAAGCCUCCGUUGAACACCUUCACAUGCAUGGCCAAGGUUCCGAAACUUGCCACUCAGAGAUUGCACAGAUGGUGUCGCGAUGCGGGUACGAGUAUUGGCGCAGGUGCUUUUGUGCUUGUCGCCAUGGUAAUGAUGUCUCUCCACGAGGAUCUGCACCCAGAUGAAGCGCCGGAAUCGCGUCGUCCUUUCGUUGGGAGCUUCCCAAUCAAUCCACGGCCGUUCUUCAAGCAUCAUGAAGCUCCCAACUCCAUGAUGCUAGCAUUCUCGGAUGGAGUGGUACUCCCGUUCUUGCCAUCAUCACUCGACCUAGAGAGUCGUUUCAAGAUUCUGGUUAGGCAAGCACAUCGGCAACUGGGAUUGUACCAGAAGCGUGUAAAAGCAGAGGAACAAGAUUCAAUUGCUUACAUGGGAAGCAGAGGCGCAGGAAGGGUCAUCGCUAUGAAUUACGUCGGAGCAAUGGAACGACUACGGUCAAAACUCCCAGAAGAACUUCGACACACCGUAGGAAACCACAGCCCUCAGGGCGAACUGACUGCCGCACAGAACGGAAGUAUGGCCACUUGCGGUGUGAGCUCGGUGGGCAGGUCUGGAUGGCGUCAAGGAGAGUUCAAUGUCGAUGGAGAGCUUGGCGAGGGCGAAGAUGCUUUUGUGGCAGACUACCGCUCGAGUAAACAGAAUGUCCGCGCACGCGAUGGUGAGUUCCUGGUUGGAGUCUGGGGCGAUGAUGAUGGCAUCGCUGCGAACGUCUCUUACGACGGGAAUGCUAUCGAUGAGGAUAUGAUCCGGGAAUGGCAAAACAGAAUGGAGAAUCUACUGGUGAAAAGAGACACCAACGCCAAACUCUGA